UUCUUUGUAUGAAGAAAGAAGCUGAAAAACAAGAAACUCACUGAUCGCUGCUCCGGUCAUCUUGGGGAGUGGAAAAGUUGCAGACUUUGAAGUGAAGAGAGACGAUUCCCCCCCUCGUUCGAUCGACUCGGGUAUCAACCACUGCUCAACCCUUUAUACUUCACGUGCUUCAGCUUUCACUACCGUGCAUACGACUUGAGAAAAAAGGUCCGCAGAGCUAGUUCUCGGGCUUUUCUGGGUUGUCCACGCCAACCGUUCGAGGAAAUUACCCACUGGGAUUUUGCUUAAUGAACUUGCGGUUCUAUGGCAUUGAGGCGGCUUUUGGGGUGGUCUGAUGGUGAGCUGAUGAGAUCAGAUUCGAAGCCUUGUUCGCGACUGAUGAGACAAACGGCUGCCAUUUUCACGGUGGGCGGAGGCUUGGGGUUCUGGGUUCUCUGUAGAAUGCACUAUGGCGCAAGGAUCACAGUACCCAGGAGUCUCCGGUGGGCAGCUUUCGGAGCUCUAUCAGUGAGCUCAAGUUCGGCAUUGCUGGUCCGCCUGUUCAGUCCAGAAUGUGAACCGCAAAAUAUUGCUGCUUAUGACAAAGGAAGAUAGUAGUGGUAUUCAAGUAGAGCUGUCUUUCUUCUUUCAUAUAGUGACUCAUGAGCCCAUCUUCUAGUUAUAUACUUUCUUGCUGGACUGAGAUUCUAGUGGAGUGAUGUUAAUCUUCAAGUCUGUAUUUAUUGAUUCUGCA